GACGGAAGGAAAUACAGAGGGGCAUGGCUACGACCUCCUAGUUGAAGCAUUGAAUGUGUUCCUGCUUCCUCUCUUGCUCACCUCACCUUUUUUUUUUCACCUCACUCUGACAUGCUCAUCCACCAACUGGAAACGCUUGGCCAAUGAAGCAACAAGCCCACGGGCCGAACAAGGUUUACGCAAAUAGCACAUACCAAAACGGCCCGGGAUAUGGUGAGGCGCCCCAAGAUUGGGUGAUGCGAGGUGAGGUGAGCCUGGUGAGGUGAGGUCCGGACGUCAGGCCAGCCCAGAAAAACAGCGUGGUUUCACCAGACGGUAAACAAGAAAAUAAAUAGAUGCCAACUGGAAACCACAACAGAAACAUCCAAGGGGCCAUCAACGCAACGCAAUGCAAUGAUACGACGGCGAUCCACUCACCGAGUAUCCGUACCGUGUAUCCGUACGUCGUGCUAUUUAUUCUCCAACGCUCGAGCCUAUCGAGCUGGGCAGUACUCCGUAGACGCAAUGAGAGUAAUGGCAAGCCGCAACUGCAAUGACGCCGUUGAUAGCAGGAAGAGAAAGUGAGAGCGCAAGAGGAUCGAAUGAUGGAAGGUCCUGCCUGGAGUGAUGGCCGGAUAAAAUGGGUGACAAUGAGGGAUUUCGGUCGCUUUCAUUGGAUCCAGCAACAUCCAACUGUCUAGCUCCAACUUCGGGUCUUUUCUCGUUUUAUUCUGCUUCAUCAUCUCCCGCUACUUCGUGUCCAUCAUGCACUUGCAUCUAUCUGACGGUCUGUUGCACACUGGUGCAGCUUCCAUUCUGCGACGGAGCUCCGACCAAGCUCCCUUGGGCUGAGUCGAGUCUGAGGUGAGUUGAGCUGCCCGGAUUUUAAAGCCUCAAACACUCAACAAACUAGAAGCCCAUGCCGCGGCGGGCGGCGGCGGCGGCGGUAGCAGACCACACACUUCCUUUGGCUCUUUUAGUUUGGCUCCGGGUCUGAGCUUCCCACCUCUGGUUCUAACUUCCUUUGCCAAACGGCAAACCAGCCCGGACGCCCGACCCCCUCCAGAAAAUGGAAAAUGGAACGCAUCCAUGUCAACUCGAAAAAACGCAAAGAGCCCCUCCGUGGAAAUAUGCCCCUCCUUCCUGAGAGACUGCAAUGAAUGGAAAGGCCGCUGGGUCUCUCUCCAGUCUCCAGUCUCCAGGCCAGAGUAUCGGAGUGGAGAGGUCCCCUGGCCCACUUGCACCUUGGCAAUGCCUCGCACCUCUCGUGGAAAUGGCAAAUGGCGACAAUGCAUUUGUCCAUGACUCUGUCAGCUCCGGGCAGCUCCAACCUCUCAACACCCGGGUCCGGCCAAUGACCAUCUCACCAUCUCGAGGAUAGGUGGGCCACCGCCGGUGCACCGUCGGACAAUUCCACUUGUGCCGCGGAGGAGAACAAGUCCAGGCCCCCAUCCGAGCUCCGGCUAAUCCGCAUUGUUGGUGACGCGAUUCAAACCGUCUCGAUGGUUCGGGUCCGAGUCGCGCUUCUUGCUUCUAUUUCCCUCAUUACAUUGCAGGGGUUGUGCAACAAAAGUGACACCCGCAAACUAAUGUUGCCAUGAAGAGCUCCAACCGAGAGAUGAUAUGAAGCACUCAAAACCCCCAAAUAGAGCACCUUGGGCAUGAGACUUGGGGUACAUCGAAGACGGCAAGACAGAUGAUGGGCAGCAAACCAUAAAAUCGAUGCUGCUCCACUGAGAGCCACGCGAAUAUGAGCUUAAUCGACCUUGCACCUGCAAGACUUUGAUUCCCACUGAAGAUACGACACUCGACGAUGCACCUGAGGGGGAAAGUCCAUCAACCGAAGGUACCUUAAGGUGCCUUAGAUAAGAUAAGAAAUGCACCUAGGCACCUUAUCUUAUCAAGACUAGAGACCGGAAGCCUCAGGCACUAAGGCUGCUGUUCAGGUGUGCACAGUCCACUUCGACAGCACAGCCAGUCAGCUGGCGGAGGGAUCAUACUCCAAUUGCUCCAGUGUGCCUGCCACCGCCAGGCGAGCCUUGUCUCAUGACCAACAACCUUCGAACUCCAGCCUUUGAUUUUUGACAGAACGCUGCAACAACCACGAGACGACGACGGCAACGAUAACAAGAAACACUCGAAUAGAGCAACGUCAUCGAGCGUAGAAAAAGCGACGAAGGAAAUCGAACCAAACAGACCUUUUCAACAACUUGCACCAAAAUGCUCCUCAACUUGCUGACUCUGGGCCUCUGGUCAAAGAUUGGACGUUUGACUCAUUACGCAUUCGAUGCGGUGCUCUUCUCCGCCUUCCUCGCGGGUAUGCAGCGCUCGACCGGCCUGACUUUCAAGACGGAUAGAGCUGCCGGCGAAAACAAGGACAUGACGAAAUGGAUCGAGAAGUAUCUCGGUGUCGGCGAGUGGGUGAUGGAUCAGUCGGUCGCUAUCGCCGGCUCCAGCGGUUGGUUCGAACGCAGGCGAUAAAUCGAGACAUCGAGACAACACCAGUAUAUCCGUUUUCCAACGAAACCCGGCCGCCAUUCUCCAUGACGAUUUGAAGUCGAAUCUCCCGCUGUUCAUUCAUCUACAACCUUAUUCACUACGCCAUUUGUUGCCGCAGUACGAUGCUGGAAACGCUCUGCGACUGCUCGGAAGAAAUCGGUAUCGGGAGGUUCGGUUCCCGGGCGGUGUAAAUCCAACGGUAUCGGCGGAUCUUGAACCGGGUGUUCUCGUGGGCUGAAAUCGCUGAUUAUCGGAAUCUCGAAAAAGCAGACUCGUGUCUCUGCGUGCAGGCGUUAUGGGCGAGAUCGGGGCGUACUUUCUUUAGCUGUACCUUGGGAACAGGAAACCGAGCCUUCACCGGCGAACUCUUGGUUUUAUUAUUGCGAAAAGUCCCCCUUUGGGCACCGGGCUACCCCGUGUAAAUCCUUACCACCGGACCUGUGGACCCCACUUUCGGGAUCGUCCUCGUCGCGGGACAGCGGCCAUAGCCGAGGUUACCGUCCAAAUCCAAUGCGCCACAGUCUGCCACUGCAGCUCCUUCCGUGCGCCAUAGCUCCCUUGCUUGACGAAUC